AUUUACAUUUUGUAUGGAAUACGUUCCAAGCGUUACGUAUUAGAGUGAAUUUACGUAACAGCGGUUAUUAAGAGUAGUUUACAGAAAGAAAUAUUGGAAUAGUUUCAUUGGUAUUGCUGCUUCAUGUUCCAUCAUGAGUGACUAUUCAGCGGUUGCUCCGCCUCAAAAUUUUAGCCAAAGCUCUGCGUUUGCGGCAGCUUUGCAACGUGCGAAACAAAUAGCUGCAAAGAUCAAUCCGGCAGGUGCUCAAACCAAUCCGGAUACAAAACUGAAACGUCCUCUUGAAGAUGGAUCAGAACCAGAAGCUAAGAAAAUGGCAUCAUUAGUAACAGACUCGCUAAUAGGACUUCGUGGUCCCCCAGGAGGUAAUUCAUUAGGAGAUUCAAGUAGUCAGAGUGGUAGAGCAAGUCAAGCAGGAUCUUCAGGACCAAUCGGGAAUGUAGGAGGUAUUUGUAAUGAAGAUAUCAGAGUUCCAGAUAAGAUGGUUGGUCUAAUAAUUGGCAGAGGUGGAGAACAAAUAACAAGAUUACAAAGUGAAACAGGAUGUAAAAUACAGAUGGCACCCGAAAGUGGUGGGCUACCUGAACGUGUUUGCACAUUAACUGGCUCAAGAGAAGCUGUCAAUCGAGCUAAAGAACUGGUACUGUCAAUCGUCAAUCAAAGAAGUAGAACAGAAGGAAUUGCUGAUAUGAAUAUGAGUGGAAGUGGUGGUAGUGGAAUGAUGGGAGGACAUCCAGGAUUAGUGGAAAUAAUGAUACCUGGGCCUAAGGUUGGCUUAAUUAUUGGGAAGGGAGGAGAAACGAUAAAGCAACUUCAAGAAAAGUCUGGAGCGAAAAUGGUUGUUAUUCAAGAAGGACCAUCUCAAGAACAAGAAAAGCCUUUAAGGAUAACUGGUGAUCCACAAAAGGUUGACUAUGCCAAACAAUUAGUGUAUGAAUUAAUAGCUGAAAAAGAAAUACAGAUGUUUCAUAGAGGUUCAAGAAGUAGCGAGAGGAGUGGGAAUUAUUCAAAUGAGAAUAGUUUUAAUCAUGGUUCUGGAACCACCGAUGGAGUGGAGGUACUUGUUCCAAGGGCAGCAGUGGGCGUUGUUAUUGGUAAGGGCGGAGAUAUGAUAAAAAAAAUACAGGCAGAAACUGGUGCAAGAGUUCAGUUUCAACAAGGAAGAGAAGACGGUCCCGGAGACAGAAAAUGCAUACUAUCUGGGAAACAUCAAGCUGUAGAACAAGUACGUCAACGUAUUCAAGAACUCAUUGACAGCGUAAUGAGAAGAGAUGAUGGUAGAGGUGGUGGUAACAUGGGUGCAAGAACUAGUGGUCCACGAGGCAAUGGAUUUGGUGGUAAUCGUAAUCCAAAUGAGUAUGGUGGAUGGGAUAGACGUCAAGGAGGACCAAUGCAAGAUAAAGUAGAGACAACAUUUACCGUUCCAUCAUCCAAAUGUGGUAUUAUUAUUGGAAAAGGUGGUGAAACUAUUAAACAAAUAAAUCAACAAACUGGAGCGCAUUGUGAAUUAGAUAGGAGAAAUCAGAGCAAUGAAAAUGAAAAAAUUUUCAUAAUUCGAGGUAACCCCGAACAGGUGGAGCAUGCAAAACGAAUAUUCAGUGAAAAACUGGGCAUGGCACCCGCUAACCCAUCGUUUACGGGAGCACAGGGGGCAAUAGGAUAUAAUCCCACCUGGAAUGCAGGGACAGCCUAUCAAGCAUGGCCAAAUCAACCUCAAACUGCGGACACAAAUGCAGCUAAUCAAGCACCUGUUCAAGUAAAUCCACAAACAGGACAACCAGAUUACAGUGCUCAAUGGGCAGAAUAUUAUAGAUCAUUAGGUAUGCAUAGAGAAGCAGACAUGAUAGAGCAACAAGCAAAACAAGGAAAGCCAGAACACAAUCCACAAUCAGGUGAAGUACUAGGAAACGCACAAAAUCAACCUAAUGCUCCAGCACCUGGUACUCCUGGGCCAGCUCAGCAGCAACAACCAACACAACAAGUAGGAGCUACUCAAAAUGGAGGUCAAGCAGAUUAUAGUGCACAGUGGGCAGAAUACUACAGAAGUAUUGGUAAAAUAAAGGAAGCCGAAGCUAUAGAAGCUCAAAUGAAAGCGGGAAAGUUGGGAAUGCAAAACAAUCAAAUAGCUCAACAACAAAUGCAGCAAAAUAUGCAAGGUCAAUCAGGACCAACGGGCGCAGCUCCUAAUGCAUUUCCACAAGCUUAUGGUAAUUAUCCGACAAUAAAUCCUGGUUCAACUCCGGUAAGUUAUUAUGCACCUGCGGGAGCUGGAUCUACCUCACAACCACAAGCUGGCCAGCAAAAUCCAUCUUUUCCAACGGGCUAUCAAAACUACCCCUAUUCACAAUCGAAUACAGAAAGUUAAACCUUCCAUCAAGGAACAUAAACUAUAGUUUUCAGAUAGUUUCCCAACGGGAUGCGGUAAAUGCCUGCUGUAACUUCAUAUACUGUUUACAAUAAAUUACGAUAGUUAAUCACUUCACACAACCCAUAAACUUUAAAAAAAAUUCUAUUAGAACCGACAAUGUUCUAU